ACCUGCCAAAGUCCAAGAGGAGAGAUGGAGAGGAGGGAGGGGGCAGCUAUAAGAUGCGAUAACAGCUAAUCAGUGACAGGUGAGCUCCGCUUUAGAAGUGGACGGCGGGCAGAGACGAGCAGACAUGUCCACCUUCAAGCCCAGGGUGAUUUCUCUGGCCAAGAAACCAGGUCAAACAUUCGGCUUCUUUCUGAGAGUGGAACAAAAUGAGGAGGGUCACCUGAUCCGCUGCCUGGAAAUGGGAGGUCCAGCUGAAUUGGCUGGCAUGAGAGACGGAGACCGCAUUCUCCGGGUCAAUGGAACAUUUGUUGAUGGGCUGCCCCACUCAGAGGUUGUGGAGCUGGUGAGGCGUGGCGGAACAUCUGUCACAUUUCACAUCCUGGAUGAGUCAGCUUACAAGCGCGCAAAAUCUUUGGGGGUAAAUCUUUCUGACCCCAAAGCGGCUGCAAAUAGAGUAACCAAAGAGACUCCAAAACCCAAACUCUGCUACUUGGUCAAGUCUAGCUCAGGAUAUGGGUUUUCUCUUCGCUCAGUAAAAGGUGAGGAGGGGCUGUUCUUGACUGAGGUGCUCGCAGGGGGAGUAGCGGAACACGCUGGAGUCAGAAACGAAGAUCGUCUGCUGGAGGUCAACGGGGAUAACAUAGAAAACCUCACACACGACGAGGUGGUGGAAAAGAUCAAACUGGGUGGGAAAAGCACAAUGUUCCUGCUUGUUGACAAGGAAACAGAGAGGUUCUAUCGCAACAAAAAAGCAAAGAUAGCAUCAUGGUCAGCAACGGUUAAGUUUCUCCCCCAUCAGCCACGAUUCAUUAAUAUGAUCAAAGGAUCGGACGGAUAUGGAUUCCUACUCAGAGAGGAAGCUAAACAAGCAGGGCACUUCAUAAGAGAAAUAGACAAAGGAAGCCCAGCAGAAAAAGCUGGUUUGAAGGAAAUGGACAAAGUUGUCGCUGUGAAUGGAAAGGAGGUGGAAAAUUACAGCCAUGACCAGGUGGUGGCCCUUAUUAAGAAAAGUGACAGGAAAUGCUGCUUCCUUGUGGUGGACAAAGCCACGGACAAAAUGUACAAGCAGGGUAAAGUGUCUCCUAUGCUUUUCUGGGAGGAGAUGAAGGAUUCCAAUUCCCCACCAAGUUACAAUGAAGCUUUAAACUUACCUGCACCUGUAAAAUCAUCAAUGUCUAUGAAGGACAGAGAGGAGGAGCUGAGACCAAAACUCUGCAGGAUGAGGAAGACCCCUGCUGGCUAUGGCUUUCACCUAAAUGGCAUCGACGGGAUGCAUGGCCAGUACAUCACAGAGGUGGUGAGGGGUGGAGCAGCAGACAAGGCUGGUCUGGAGAAUGAAGACAUUGUGAUAGAGGUGAAUGGGAAGAAUGUGGAGCAGAGCACUCAUGCUGAGGUUGUGAAAAUAAUUCGCAGAAGUGGCAACUCUCUGGAGAUGCUGGUAGCCAGCAGGAACGUCUACAAACAGCUUAAAGCCAGAGGUGUGACCAUUACACCCCUUCUCCUCGGGGAAACAUCCAAUGCUCACACUGCAGAAACUCCAGAACCCAACAGGAUGGAGACAUGGGAGUUGAAUGAAGAAGAAAUCAGACCUGGAACUCCAAUACAGAGGACCUCCUCUGUAUCAUCAUCUUCAUCUGAAGGCAGCCUUGAUGACAGACUCUGAAAAAUCCUGAAUGUGGCCAACUGAUAUUUUUUCACCUUGUGUUCCAUGACCCUCACAUACUCAGGUGAAAAAAAAAGAAGAAACGGAAGAAUAAAAUGGCACAGCAAGGUUAUUUGAAAACUAAAAAAAAAAAAUGUAAUCACAGUAGAGCAGUUGUUCCAUGACUGAAAGAAAAAACAUUUUGCACCUUUAGCAGCAUAUUCACUAGGACCUCUAACAAUAGGUAAUAAAAAGAAGGAAUUAACCUUUUCUCAAGGUAGUACAAUGUCAAAAUGUAAUUUUCAUACAUGCAAAGCUUCAGGCGGGUACUGUGGGGUUUCUUAUAAAACCGCCAAUCAAGCAAAUAAAGCUGUAGCAUAUUUAUAAAGCUUUCACUGUUUUAGAGGAUCAGAAAGGAACUUAAAAUAGGUAAUCUAUAACUUCCACUUUUAACUAAAUAAAACAGUAAAGUGGUGAAUAAACCUGUUGACAUUUAGACGUUAUUGUAUAUGGGAGGGUUGGAGAACACAAGAUUUAACCAAAAUCUAUUUUAUUUUUAUUUAUACAACAUCGAAUGGCUACAAGACAAAAGCUACUGCUUGAAGUCCAUAUUUUAACAAAUCUGGAGCUGGGACGAAAAAGGGAAGGACAGGAAACGCCAUCUUUCCACUAUGCACAGUAAGAUAGACCAUGAUGGAGGACACCUAAUAGUAAAAUAUCCCCUUAUUUCAAGGCUUUUUACAGAUUCUUACCAAAGGUGCCAUUAAAUGUGGAUGAUUCUGUAUUUUCUUUAGAUCAAAGCAUGUGUAUUGAUGAAUUGCCUCUUUUACAUACCUGAGAUUGUCGAUGUUCAAGCAAUUUAAAAAUCAUCUAUGUAUGCAAUAAAUACAGUUGCCUUUCA